AUGAGCGCCACAGGCACAGUCCGAGACACUGAGCACGGCAGUAUUGGUGAGGUUGAAGCCGGCAAAGGCACCAUUACCCGAUACGCCGAUGGCCGACCAACGCGCUUCACCUUCAAGACAAAGUUUGAUCGCCCCCCAAGGGUCCAGAUCACGCCAAUCUUCAUUGACCCAAAGUCAGCAUUUAAGCAAUACUGGAUUUACCAUCUUGCUCCUUCUGGUGACCAGGCCGUCGACGAGUCUGGCUUCUACCUGGGAUGCUGCGGUGAGACGGGUAUGAGUCUUCAUUUCGAGUACCUUGCUACUGCUAUCUACACGGUUGGGGACGAUUGA